AAUAUGGGACUUGCAUCUAGAGUUUUAAGCAAGAAUAAAUUCAUUUUAACCCUCUUUGUAAUACUGAGUGUGCUUACUCAGACAUUUGCACAAGAAACUCUUUGUACAAACGAGGUCUUUAAGAUGGUAUUUGGAGGAAAUCAGAUGGAUUUAGCCUCUAUUCUGGUGUCUACUGGCAAGGUAAAUAAUGAUCUGGGAGAGUCUGACUUCUGAAUGAAUAAUCCUGACACUACUUAUGCCGUUAUGUCAUAUUUCCCAUUUCCUUUAUACCUAGGAAUGUGCCUUCCAAGUACUUGUAACAGCCAAAACUCCAGAAUCAUAGCACAAGCGCUGAACCAAUUCGUUCAGUCUCAAGGAGUAAUGAUCAGUGGGAGGCUAAUCUUUCCUUAUACAGAGCCUCCACAAGUGAAAGCUGGAAAUUGGGUGGGCUUCUUCGGAUUUGGAUUCUUGGCUCUCCUCUGCAUUUUCGGAAUUAUUGUUGAGUAUACCAACCUCUUCGGAAAGGUAGAUUAUACAGACGUUGAAGAAUCACAAAAAGACAAAGUACUCGUACACUCUAAAAAUCCUCUUGGCAAACUUUUUAUCUCAUUUUCAUUCUCGAGAAACUUGAGAAAAAUGUUCUGGACACCACAGAAUAAAGGUGACUAUCUCAGUGUCUUCAAUGGAAUCAGAGUUAUCAGUAUGGGCUAUAUUAUUUUCGGCCAUAUUCAUGAAUCAUUUGGAGUUUUACCCAUUGCCAAUGGCCAAGAAAUGGCAAAAAUCCAAACAAGCUGGUAUGGAAUCUUUAUUAUGGGAGCAUUUUAUGCAGUUGAUGUCUUUUUCUUCCUCUCUGCAUUUCUUGGAGCUUAUUUAAUGAUCCCAAAGCUCCAGAAUUCCAACUUAUUGAACCUCAUAUUGAACUUCAUAAUGAUCUAUAUUCACAGAUUCAUAAGACUUAUCCCCACUUUGGCACUUUUCAUUUGUUUGAUGCUGACAUUUUUAAACUUCCUAGGAAAUGGACCAUUAUGGGAGAUGAUAGAUUACCUGUUGGUUCAGCCAUGUCAGAAGUAUUGGUGGACAGUCCUCACAUUCUCUAAUAACUUCUAUCCUCCAUCAGGAAAGUUAGGCUGCAUGACCGUGUUAUGGUACCUCGCAAAUGAUAUGAUGUUCUUCAUGUUACUCCCUGUGGUAGUGCUCCUUUACACGAGAGUAAAGUUCCUUGGCUAUAUAGCAUCGGUAAAGCUGAUAGUAGCCAACAUGAUCACCGUCUUUGUUCUUGCUGCUGUCCAUCACCAUCCAAUGACAAUGGUGAAGGAUCCCAAUAAAAAGGAGAUCUAUCACAGUCCUUAUUCUAGAUUCGGAGCUUACUUUGUCGGAUGUCUAUUUGGAAUUCUUUAUUAUGAAUGGAAGAAAUCCAAGACAAACCCUGCUUAUGAAAGAACUCCAGGAGCUAUCUUUUACGGCCUUUUUGAAAACAAUAGAUUUGUAAGAUACCUUGGACAGUUCUUCGGUCUCGGAAUCAUCCUAUUUUUGGUAAUGAUUACCUACACAGAAAUGAAGACCCUUGGAGUUAUACUCUGGCCACAGAUGGCUUCGAAUUUCUUCAAUGCUUUCCACAGAGUUGUGUUCUGCAUUGCGUUGCUGCUCUUCUUCGCAGGAGCUAUGGUUGGAAAAAGCAAACUAAUAAGAUUUGUAUUCGGAGGUUCAGCCUGGGGGCCAUGGGCAAAAAUUACUUUCAUCGUGUAUCUCCUCCACUCAAUACUAAUCACAUGGUACUACGCACAAGCAAAUCAAUCCCUAUGGAUAACUAAAAGAGUGGCUGUUUACUAUUGGUUCGCAGCUACAAUUCUCUGAUACCUAGUUGCAAUCCCUGUUGCAUUACUAAUAGAGUCUCCAAUUUUACAAUUGGAAAAAAUGUUCUUAAUGCCUCUAACUCAGACUAAACAAGAGCGUCCAGAGAUCUAUGAGGAACAGCUGGAGCAAAAGCAAGGACUCCUCAGAUCAAGUCUCAACCCAGAAACAACUGUGGAUAAGGAGUAAGCCUAAUUACUUUGAUACAAUAAGCCAUUGCUAGCUCUAAAUUUGU